GAUAGUUUUAUUGCUAGUAUUGUGAGCACUUAGGAAAUGACUACUUUUCAGAGAUGUCUUCCAGGUGUAGCUAGCUUCUGGCUUUUGAAUCUGUUGUAAGAUCCUACCUCUUCAAUUUAUUGGGGAUGAGAAGUUGCUGCCUAUUUGGUCUAGCUGCUGGUUCUUUGAUACUGGCCUAUAGUAUUGUUUAUGACCCUCAAGCAAUCUCAGUCUUGGCAUUCAAGGAAGAACAACUGAUUAGAACAACUAUGUCACUUUGGCUAAAGUAGUACAAUCUGUAAUAGCAGUAGCAUCAAGCGCAGGCUAGAAAAUAACAAACUUUUAAACUAUUAAUUUGCCACCUUUAACCAUAUGAACGAGAUUUAUAGUUAUAAAAUAAACCAGCAAAUUUUAGGCAAUAAAUAUCCCCUCAAUUUGGUGAUUUUACCCUCAGGUUAGAAAAUUUAAAAGAGGUUAGGAGAAAAAAAUUGAGACAUAGAAGAGUAAGAGAUUAGAAGCUAAGCUGAAGGACAGAGGAAAAUUACACAACCUUUGGGAAACUGGUGAAGAAGGCAGGAGGGAAAGAAAGAAGGAAGAAGCAGAACAAAAAAAAACCUAGAAACAAUAGUCACACAUAUAAAAACAAGAACAAACAAUAAAGAAAAAAACAAAGAAAGGAAGAAAAAAAAAUUCCACUUCAAGGUGUGUCUCCGCUGUCACUGGUAGACAACUGGCACAGAUAGAGCUCAGAUCUGUGUUGGUUGAUCCCAGAAAGCCUGCAAUAGAAUUACAGGGGAAUGGUAGAUAAUCCCAGCAAGCUUGCACUUUCAGCUCCACUGAAGUUCAGGCUGCUUCUGGUCUUUGGUUGUGAGGCUGGGACUCAAGUUGUUCAGCUGACAACACUCUGGGUGCCUCCUGCCAGCCUGAAUUUGGCUCCCUGCCCCUAGGUGUCUCUCACAGCUGUGCUUCACCCUGACACUGGGAGCCUUGAGAUGGAGCCAACCCACUGUUGAUUUGAGUCCUGGGUUCAGUUGGCCUCCGUCCAAAAUGGUGACUGGCCAAUUGCCUUCUCCUGGGGACACCAAAACUAGACUGGAAUCACUUACCAGCCACUACAGUUCAUAGCCUCCACUGCUCCAUUCCACUGGCACAUCUCUCCAUGGAGGCCUCUGGAGUCACCAGUAGUCACCAUUCCUCUGCAGACAGGUUUAUGCCACCCCUCCCAUGCCUCAAGCCAGGACUUGGCAAGCAGCUGGGUGAUUUUAUCCUCAGCCCUUCAGCAAGUGCUAUGAAGAAGGCAUUCUGAAGAAUCAACCAAGUUCUCUGUGAGACCCGGUGAACACCACUGUCUUAACCACAGAGAGGAGAGAUGAAGCACAUUAUCCACACAAAUGGAAAUGUCAAUGGCACAGCAAGAAACACCUCAGACUGUCCCCAUGUGGCUUUGCCGGAAGAGAUGUUUUUCAUCAUCUCCAUUGCUGGGGUUUUGGAAAACCUCAUCAUCCUCCUGGCCGUGAUCAAGAACAAGACCCUCCAGUCCCCCAUGUACCUUUUCGUCUGUAGCUUGGCCGUUUCUGACAUGCUGGGAAGCCUGUAUAAGAUCGUGGAAAAUAUCCUAAUCAUGUUCAGAAACAUGGGUUAUCUCAAGCCCCGUGGCAGUUUUGAAGCCACAGCAGAUGACAUCAUUGACACCAUGUUUAUCCUCUCCCUGCUUGGCUCCAUCUUUAGCCUACUGGCAAUUGCUGUUGAUCGCUACAUCACCAUCUUCCACGCCCUGCAGUACCACAGCAUUGUGACCACGCGCCGCACUAUUGCCACUCUGGCAGUCAUCUGGACCUUUUGCAUUGGAAGUGGCAUUGCCAUGGUGAUCUUCUCCCAUCAUGUCCCCACAGUGCUCACCUUCGCCUCACUGUUCCCUCUGAUGCUGGUCUUUAUCCUCUGCCUCUAUGUACACAUGUUCCUGCUGGCUCGCUCUCAUGUCAGGAACAUCUCCACCCUUCCCAGAGCCAACAUGAGAGGGGCCAUCACCUUGACCAUCCUGCUGGGGGUCUUCAUCUUCUGUUGGGCCCCUUUCAUCCUUCACAUCCUUUUAAUGACCUUCUGUCCCAGAAACCCCUAUUGUACCUGUUACAUGUCCCUCUUCCAGGUGAACGGCAUGCUGAUCAUGUGCAAUGGAGUCAUUGACCCCUUCAUCUAUGCCUUCCGGAGUCCAGAGCUCAGGGGUGCAUUCAGAAGGAUGAUAUCCUAUUGCUAGUACCCGUAGAAUCACUGAUCCUGAUUUAAAGAUCCUCUAGGAUAAUAUGAUCAAGAGAGAGACCAUGUCUUGGAACACAGUAACAUAACAUUCUGUUACCAGGUUUUGGGGUAUUGGAGCCUCCUUCUAGAAGUGGUUCCUGAAUUCUUUCCUCUCAAAGAAUUGAAUGAAAGAAGCAAAAACAAUAGGAAAGUCUCACACUUAUUUGAGAUAGGAAAAAUUAAACAUGAAAGAUAAGGGAGAAACUAGCUCUGCACAGUGAAAGAGAGGAAAAAUAAAAAGCAAGUAAAAGGAAAAAUAAAAACCAAAAUAAAAAUUAAAAUAUAAAAUAAAAGUACACUCUGGGGACACAGGAAGGGCCACCAUGAAGAGUCAUGUUAGUGAUUGCUUAAUAGCGACUGUCUCUUUGUUCAUCCCGCAUAUCGUGGGUUCUCACAAGAAGUCUAUAUAUGGGGUCCUAAGGAAUGUUUUGCACGUAUGUCCCUGGAUCUGGUCACACUUACUCUCCCAGCCAGCUUUGCUACUCCCUGCUUUCUUGCCUUAGUACCACCAAAUACUAAUGCUUGCAACUCUCUUCUUUUCCUAUGGGCCAGAGGAUAAUCCUACUAACACUUCUGUGUGAACAGUCUUGUUGUAAGUGCAUACUGUACAACUAACUGCAUUAUUAGGGGGAUAAAAUGAUGUGCCUGAAACAAAGACAGAAUACAAAGCACACAUGGCAAUACAAACUUGAGAGCUACAGGAUAGGGCCAACAGAUGCUCCAUACCUCUCCCAAGGGGUCUUCUAAAUUGGCAGCCAUGGCAGCCUGUCUGGAGACGUUAAAGUAGCUGGGCAAGUGUGUGAGUCAACUUUCCAACACUUUAGGAGAUAUACAAGAUUAAUCAAGUUCAAAGGAGCAAAGAUUUAUCUUGGCUCUCAGAUCCAGAGGUUUCAGUCUGUGAGUACCCACCCCAUUGCCUGUGGCCCUAAGGUGAGGCGGCACACCAUGGCAGGAAUGCUUGGCAGAGGUGGCUGCUCACCUCAUGGCAGCAAGGAGACAGAGAGAGACAGAAAGAGACCUAUGUCCCACAGUCCCUGUAAAGAGCAUGUACCUAAUGGCCCCUCAAGGUCCCACCACCUUCCAACAACAUCAAGCUAAGGACCAGAACUUCAACACACGCAUGGCCCUCUGGGAGCCACUUAACUGAGGCACAGCAGCAAACAACUAAGGGCAGAAACCGUCAGGUCUUUGUAAGACAGGGGUGCUGACAGCUUCGGUUGAUUGCCUAUCUCCAUGGUCACGCAGCGGUCAGUCCCCUCUCUCCCUCCCUUUGCCUGCCUGACUUAUCUAAAGCAUUUCAAUCAUCUUUGGAAGCAGCCAAAGUAUAAUGACUGUGUCAAAUAACCACCUUGGAGUUUCCAAUAAUAACAAACCUUUACUGUGAGUCUUAUUUGCUCUCUCAAUUCCUCUCUCAAAUGUGUCAGGGUCUGGAUGCAGGCCAGGGUCACCUGGCCUUAAAAUCCAUGCCUAGUUAAAUCUCCUCAUGCUUUGGAAACAUAAAGUUCAAGGAGAAAAUAAACAAUUUAAUCCA